UCCAAGGAAGACGGGUAGUCAGAGGAUUUCUUAUGUCUGUCUCUGGUGGCUGGCUAGAAGGAUGCCUCAGCUGUUGCCUCUUACCUGCCUCCUCCUCACAAUCACACCUUUAUCUUCAAUGGCCCUGGACCCUUGCUCGGCUUACAUCACUCUGAACCAGCCCUGGAGGAACACAGAGCAUCAGCUGGAUGAAUCGCAGGGCCCACCACUGUGUGACAGCCACAUGGACGGGGAGUGGUACCGCUUCACAGGCAUGGCAGGUGAUGCCAUGCCCACAUUCUGCAUCCCAGAAAAUUACUGUGGCACCCAUGCCCCUGUAUGGCUUAAUGGCAGCCACCCUGGAGAAGGAGAUGGCAUUGUUCAGCGCCAGGCCUGCGCCAGCUUCAACAGAAACUGCUGUCUCUGGAACACCACAGUGGAGGUCAAGGCCUGCUCCAGUGGCUACUAUGUGUAUCGUCUGCCCAAGCCCAGUGUCUGCUUCCAUGUCUACUGCGGCCAUUUUUAUGACAUUUGUGAUGAAGAUUGUCCGGGUGGUGGCUGCUUGGAUUCCAACAAGUGUACGUGUGCCCCAGGGUCCAUGCUGGGCCCCGACAGGCAGACCUGCCUAGAUGUCAAUGAAUGUGAACAGAACAAUGGCGGCUGCAGUGAAAUUUGUGUGAACCUUAAGAACUCCUAUCGCUGUGAGUGUGGGGUUGGCAGCGUGCUGAAAAGUGAUGGCAAGACCUGUGAAGACAUUGAAGGGUGCCACAAUGACAAUGGUGGCUGCAGCCAUUCGUGCCUUCCAGGGGACAAGGGCUAUCAGUGUGAGUGUCCAAGGGGCCUGGUGCUAGCUGAAGACAAUCACACUUGCCAAGUGCCCGUGUCAUGCAAAUCCAACACCAUUGAAGUGAAUAUUCCCAGAGGCCUGGUUGGGGGCCUGGAGCUCUUCCUGACCAACACCUCCUGCCGAGGGGUGUCCAAUGGCACCCAUGUCAAUAUUGUCUUCUCCCUAAAGACCUGUGGUACAGUGGUGGAUGUGGUGAACGACAAGAUCGUGGCCAGCAACUUGGUGACGGGCCUCCCCAAACAGACCCCGGGCAGCAGCGGGGACAUCAUCAUCCGAACCAGUAAACUGCUAAUCCCGGUCACCUGCGAGUUCCCACGUCUCUACACCAUCUCCGAGGGCUACGUGCCACACCUUCGGACACCCCCACUGGAGAUCCUGGGCCGCAGCCACGGAAUCUUCCCCUUCACGCUGGAGAUCUUUAAAGACAACGAGUUUGAGGAGCCUUACCGGGAGACCCUACCCAGCCUCAAGCUCCGAGACUCCCUCUAUUUCGGCAUUGAGCCCCUGGUGCACGUCAAAGGCCUGGAAAGCCUGGUGGAAAGUUGCUUUGCCACCCCUUCAGCCAAGAUCGACGAGAUCCUCAAGUACUAUCUCAUCCAAGAUGGCUGCAUUUCAGAUGACUCGGUAAAGCAGUUCACAUCCCGGGAUCACCUAGCAAAGCAUUUCCAGGUCCCUGUCUUCAAGUUCGUGGGCAAAGACCAUAAGGAAGUAUUUCUGCACUGCCAGGUGCUGGUGUGUGGGGUGCUGGACCAGCGCUCCCGCUGUGCCCAGGGCUGCCAUCGGCGAGUGCGUCGCGAGGCAGGAGAAGACACAACGGGGUCCCUAGGUCAGAUGCUGACAGGAGGCCCCAUCCGCAUCGACUGGGAGGACUGAGACCAGUUCCCAGACCCAGUACUCUGGAACAUCAUCCCCAAGCCUGCAGAAAGCCUCAGAGGACAUCCUAGAAAGGAGGACUUUCUACAUUUCACAUUUGGACAGAGAUACAUUCUAGAAGCAACUCAGUCUGCUUCUGUCCUCAUGGCUGCCUCCAGCACCACCUUCUCCCCUGCACAAAACACCUCACAGAUUCCCCAGGGCAGAGAUUAGUGUCCUGCUCAAAUGAAGGACUUAAAAA